AUGGUCAGAGGCUGUUGGCUCGUCGGUACACAACCUCAUGUUGAUCUGGAUCAUACCAUCUUCAAGACAUUCGGCCGUGUAAGCUACCUCGAGAGAAUCAAGGCCCUAAUACAAGAUGGCCAUGAGACGAAUCAUUACCUGGAUAAAGUCGUCGCCGAGGGGUUCUGUCAAAGCGUGCAGAAGCUUGGCCCGUUGUGCCACAGCGUUGCUGAGUUGAAAUACUUAGCCCAUAUGCAAAGAAUCGCCACCUUAGCAUCAACAAACCCUGCCGAAAGCUACCAUGAACUCGCUUUCCUAUAUGAUGGGUUUGGAAACCUAAGCAGUAAGGACUUUGCUUCAUUCAUCGAUCCCACGAAUUAUACUUCACAGCUCGUCAUCUUGCACAUGCUGGUUCUUGAAUUUGUUAUGAGCAGGAAAGCAGUUGAAGGAGACAAUAGAUCUGCAUCAGGGAAGAAAGGCUACUACUGCAGAAAAGCUAUAUCCAAGGUCUGGAUUCAGCAGAUUCUCGGGAAGCUUCCUGUCGAGUACUACGAAUAUGGCGAGUGGCCCCUGAGGUUCAUCAACAGUCUUAAUUACUCGUUUGACGACGAAGACCAAGUUUGGAAACCUUUUUUCCUAAGCCAUGGGAGAACACUUAUACCAGCAGGAGAGACGCUUUCCCUAGCUGUAAUAUAG